AUGGCUGUGCAAUGUCUCCGUACAAAUGAAGAAAGUUUUCUACAACAUUCAUUUAUUGGUGCACAAUCAUCUGGUGGAAGAAGUCGAUCAUUUAGUGUUGAUGCUAAUAGUUAUGCUAAAGAUGAUGGUCUUGCUCUUUUAUUAUUAAAACAAUUAAGUGAUGCUGAACGUGAUGGCGAUCCAAUUGAAGCUAAUUGUUUAGAUCGAUUCUUUAAUCGAUCAAAUCUUGAUCCACCAUUAUUAUUAGAUUCAAUUAAAAGUAAUUUAGGACAUACUGAAGGUGCAGCCGGUGUUAUAUCGCUUAUUAAAGUUGCUAUGUAUAUGUAUUAUCGUGGUAUUACAGUAAAUAUGCAAUUUACUUCACUUAAUCCAAAAAUAGAAACACAAAAAUAUAAUCUACAUAUUCUUCAAAAUUUUAUACCAUUUCCAUCCGUUUCAAAUAAUGACAAAAUAGCUAUUGGUGUUAAUUCAUUCGAAACGGUUGGUUCAACGACACAUUCUAUUACUGAAGAAUAUCAACCAAUAAAUAAAACAUCAAUUGAAAAUGGUCAUAUCGAUGAUGAAAAUCAUAUUAAAAACAAACAAUAUUUUAUUUUUAUUUUUUCAAUAAAAAGUCGUCAAUAUCUUAAUAAUCAAUUAAUGAUAUAA